AUGGCAUCAUCAUCGUUGGAAAAAACUAAAGACGACACUGAUAAAGAACAAUUAAUUUCAAACCAAAUUAUCGAAUCAAUGAAGAAGGAAGAUAUUGAAGGACAGCGAAAAGAAUUUCAGGAUUAUGUUGCUGUCCAUGGCGUAUCAGGUUACAAACAGUUUCUAGAUGAUCAUUUGAACCAAUGGAUGAAACAACCACUACGAAUUGUUGUUACUGGUUCAUCCGGACAAGGGAAAUCCAGUUUGAUUAACACAUUACGUGGUUUAAAGUCAAAAUCACCUGGUGCUGCUAAAGUCGGCGUGGUUGAAUGUACAAAUACUGUAACGGAAUAUGCUGAUCCAAAACAUCGGAAUUUGAUUUAUUACGAUCUACCAGGUGUUGGAACGUCAUCUUAUCCACGCGAUCGAUAUUUCGAAAUUAUUAAGAGCCAAACAAAAGAUUAUGUUGAAAUUCGUGAUUUUGAUUUCUUUUUGAUUGUUUCAGCUGGACGCUUCACACAAGAUGACGUUUGGCUGGCCGAACAAAUACAAAAGUUUGGCAAACAAUUCUAUUUUUUACGUACCAAAAUCGAUUUUGAUCUUCGAAAUGACUUCGACGAAGAUCCUGAUGAUCAUGAUGAAUUAGCAGUGUUAAAAUUAAUUCGUGAUAAUUGUUUCAAAGAAUUAAAUCGCAUCAAUAGCAACGUAUCUGAAAAAUGGGAUUUCCCAUGGAUGGUUAAGUCAUUGCUACGUGACUAUCCCGAAUUGAAACGUAAUGCCAUCGUUAUGUCGAUUACAGUCAAUUGUAAAGAGGUUAUACGUGAAAAAGCUAAAAUACUACGUCAACAAGCAUGGAUAGCAGCGUUAGGAAGUGGUGUAAUCGGAGCAAUACCCGUACCAGCUGAAGGUGGUGAAGAAGCAGCUAAAGUUAUAGCAAAGGAAGCAGCAAAACUCGUUCCUGGUAUUGGUAUCCUUGUAGGUGGAUGUUUUGGUUUUGCAACUGCAGCUUACCAAUUGCAUAGUUUGAUAAAUAAUUUGGAAGAGGCAGCAUUGUUUGUAUUAGAUUAUGCAACAAGUCAAUCGAAGCAACAUUGA